GGCUUGUUUCCGGUAGGAUCAGUGGACGCGGCGGCUGAGGCUGUGCGGAACCGGCUUUGUGUACUGAGCUUGUCCAGGCGUGAGCAGACAUGGCGGCGGCUUUUCGGAAGGCGGCCAAGUCCCGGCAGCGGGAACAUCGAGAGCGAAGCCAGCCCGGCUUUCGAAAACAUCUGGGCCUGUUGGAGAAAAAGAAAGAUUACAAACUUCGUGCAGAUGACUACCGAAAAAAGCAAGAAUACCUCAGAACUCUCCGGAAGAAGGCUCUUGAAAAGAAUCCAGAUGAAUUCUACUAUAAAAUGACUCGAGUUAAACUCCAGGAUGGAGUUCAUGUUAUUAAGGAGACUAAGGAAGAGGUGACUCCCGAACAGCUGAAACUGAUGAGAACUCAGGAUGUCAAAUAUAUAGAAAUGAAAAGGGUGGCAGAAGCUAAGAAAAUUGAAAGACUAAAAUCAGAGCUCCAUCUGCUGGAUUUCCAGGGGAAGCAACAGAAUAAGCAUGUGUUCUUUUUUGACACCAAAAAGGAAGUUGAACAGUUUGAUGUUGCAACUCACCUGCGAACAGCCCCGGAACUCGUCGACAGAGUCUUUAAUAGACCCACGAUAGAGACCUUGCAGAAGGAGAAAGUGAAAGGAGUUACCUAUCAGACUCGCCUUAAGCGGAUAGCUAAAGAGAGGCAGAAGCAGUAUGACUGCCUGACCCAGAGGAUCGAGCGCGAGAAGAAAUUGUUCGUUAUCGCACAGAAAAUUCAAACACGCAAAGAUCUUCUGGAUAAAACUCGGAAAGUAAAGGUGAAGAAAGAAACAGUGAACUCCCCAGCAAUUUACAAAUUUCAGAGUCGUCGAAAACGUUGAAGGGUUAUGCAUAAGCCUUGUCAUUUCGCAUGGAAAAGAAUUCUGGUUUUUUUUUUCCAGUAAAUUCAAAUUCCAUUAGUCUAGAUGACUUGGUUUUCCUGUUUGUAACCAUAAUUUAUUGUAGGUCUGACAUUUGAUACGAACCACAUUAAAGCCCCUUUCCCUGUCUUAA